AAAUUCAGAUGCAACUUCUACAUGUACUUUAGAUAAUGAUUCAGUGAUAGGAAAGCAAUAUGGCGUAAAAUGACGACGAAUGCGGGAGAAAAAGACCGCAUUUUGACAGCAUCACCCACUAAAACCCCGCCCUUUCUACGCCACAUCACCAUCAUAGCAAGAUUGUCAACGUUGGCGACACUGGCCGUGAUGUGGGCAGCAGCUGUGUAUGUUGUACAGGAUAAAGAAACACACACUCAAUAUGUUGGAUUUUAUUUGAUCGGAGCAUCUGCAGUUGUGACAUUUUUUGAAUUAGCAUGGAUAAUCAAUAAAUCUGUCUGCUGCAAACAGGAGGGGUGCUGUUGUGCCUGCUGGCAGAUCGUCAUGUGGAUGGACAACUGGAAGAAGGGGAUCCUCUACCUCCUCAUUUCUAUCCCCGUCUUCCUGGAGGGGAUGAGGAUCAUACUAGGGAUAAUUAGUGGUUUUCUUCUUAUUUUAUGUGGAUUGUUGUACAUAUUAAAGACAUUCAAGGAGGGUAUAGUUUACACGGUGACAGAGACUAGAUACAUCCCGACCCCCACACCAUCAAUAAACAUUGUAACUCACGAGAUCUACACACAAACAGAGGACAGUGAAUACUAUAAAGAAUUAACAAGUCACUAAUGACCAAAGUUUCACUAUGUACGAUAAAUAAUGCAUUAUUUUAAAUUCUUACUUACACAAUAUAGAUAAUAAAACUUGGCUGAUGGGACUUUGUAUAAACAUUAUUAAAUUUUAUAGAUCAUAACUAAAAAUAAAAAUUAACUUCUUAAUCCCCUCACCCUCUGAAUUUUUUUGAACCACAAUUUAACAUUUUUUGGACCACAGGAGUCCACAUAAUCUAUCUAUUUUUUGGCUAAAUAUAGUUGACAAUUUUAAUAAAUGUAGUAGCUAAUUUUAUUGUCUUUAUUUUGUACCUUUGAUACUUGCACAUUGAUAGGUAACAGAGACUCGUAAGUUAAUUAAGACUGCUGUUAACUAUAUUUUUGUUAUGUACGUUUAUUGGUAUUAUGUAGAUGCUGAAUUGAUCUCGAGAGAAAUCCUUUGAAUGGUUUGCAAUGCUGGUACCUAGUAAUGUUCGAUAUAAGUAGAUUGUACAUAAUUUCACUUGCCCAGGCAUUACAAGAUACACUGUAAAUUUUCCUUGAAGAAAUUUUUGCUAAAUGAAGAAAUGUGAAUGUACAAUAUUAUUUCGAAAAGAGCAUAUCAGAUUUUUUUAUACUAAUAUUUACAAAUUUAACAAAUUCAAGGAACGCUGAAAAUAUUUAUUGAUUAUCAAUAUAAGACAAAUUUGUAUGUAUGAUACAUCAUUUUAAAAACAUAAUUAUGGCAAUAAAUAAAAAAAACUUAAAAGUGACAAUAUUUGGUAGAACAUACUAAAGGAGUAACAUAACUUUUUAUACAUAUAUGUAUUUUUUUACCCUUAGACAACGUAAAAAAAAAGUUCUCUAUUGCACCUUAAUUUCAAGUCUGUUGACGGAGCUGUUGGAUUUCACAUACAAAAAUAUAUGUGUUGGUAUGAGAAUAUUUACAAAUGUAGAACAUUUUUGCUAUGUUUACAUUAUAAUGCCAUAUGAUUGUGAUGGAUCAAUAUUAAGACAUAGCACCUUCUAAAUGUUUUGUUAACACUUAUUGAUGCCCUGUUUUUUUUUUCAAUGUAUGAAUUAAUUUAUUAAAUUAUUUUACAUUACA